GGUUGGUUCCCAACUUUGGGCGUUGUAUGCUGAUAAUUUCGCCAAUUUUGGCUGUGGUUAUAUCGUUUGUGGCACUUUAUGGGUGAAGAACCAUCCUGUUGACGGUGAACGGAACCAAUUUCGGCGUUUCCUUGUGAGGUUUUAAAACGCCGAGAAAUCCUACCAAAGCCUUUUGGAGAACUUGGCCAGCAAAAACGAAAAAUCCUUUCUCGUAGCAAAGCUUUCGCUGGUUUGUUCUACUCAUCCACCUCUUGAAACGACAUCGACGACGAGCAACCAUGGCUCCUUCUACGAGUGUCCCAUCGGCCGACCACGUCGCCGUCCCCGAAACUCUCCUCAAGAAGAGGAGAACCACCGAGGCUAGCCGAGAGGCUAAACUUGCCGCUGCUCAGGAGGCUCGAAAGAACCAAAAGGCCAAGCGCAAGGUCAUCUUCAAGCGUGCCGAUGAAUACGUGAAAGAGUACAUUGCUCAGGAGAAAGAGGAGGUCCGACUCAAGCGAGCCGCUCGGUCCACUGGAGACUUUUACGUUGAGGCUCAAUCAAAAGUCUACUUCGUUGUCAGGCUCAAGGGUGUCUCCAAGCUCGCCCCCAAGCCCCGCAAGAUCCUUCAGCUUCUCCGUCUUCUUCAGAUCAACAAUGGUGUCUUCAUUCGAGUGACAAAGGCCACCAAGAACAUGCUUCAACUCGUCGAACCUUACGUCACUUACGGAGAGCCCAACCUCAAGGCUAUCCGAGAGUUGAUCUACAAGCGUGGAUACGCCAAGGUUCACGGACAGAGAAUUCCAAUUACCGACAACGCCAUCAUCGAGAAGCAGCUCGGAAAAUACAACAUUCUCUGCAUGGAGGACCUCGUUCACGAGAUCGCCACCUGUGGACCCAACUUCAAACAGGCCACUUCUUUCCUCUGGGCUUUCAAGCUCUCCAACCCUACUGGCGGAUGGAGACCUAGGAAAUUCAUCACUUACGUCGAGGGAGGAGACACUGGAAACAGGGAAAAGCACAUGAGCAAGCUCAUUCACCAGAUGGUGUAAUUUGUGCAAGGAGAAUCUGCUGUCGCGAGAGAGCGGGCGGGAUGUGAUGCCACGGCGAGAGAGUGACGUUGGAGAGAGGCUUGAGAGGUCCGUACCGGGCUCAUGCUCGUAUGCGACUUCUCGCCUCGACUUGGGCAGGACCUGUGGAUAGGUAGCCAAAACCUUUUUUUCCCUUCCUUUCCUUUCUGCGCAUGUAAAUCAUUGCAAUCA